GUCGCGGUAGGCUGCUAAUCGAUAUCGUAUAUCGGUCGUCGAACUGGAUUGUCUGCUCGCCCGGACAGCUAUAUCUCGCCCUGUUUCCCCAGCCUAUUUUGCCUCAGGAAUUGGUCCCCCAAUGCAGCAACCUAACAACAGAGGCCCUGCUGGCAUGCCUCUAAACAUGCAGAAUCAACACAUGCAGCCCCAAAACCAACCCAUGAUGCAUAUCGGCCCCCCUCCAAGCUUCCCUCCUCCUCCUCAGCAUGCGGUCCCUCAUGAUCUACGACCCCGAAACACAGUCGAGAUUUCCGACAUUAGGAGCGAACGCUUCACUGAGGCUGAUGCCCGUGAGCGGCUGUCUUCUUACGUCGUAAUUCGACUCGAGAAGACGGACAACGCUUACGACGUUGACGAAGAAGGGUUUCCAUUGACACCCACCUGGGAAAAGGUCAGGCAGAUCACACAGACCGACCUCUCCCAGCAGGAAAUCAAGCGCCAAGUUCGCGUGCUGGAGAGAGAGACAAAGCCGCUCACCGAGAAGAAGGCAGCCUGCUCCCUCGCUAUUCAGCGUCAACUGGAGCUCACCCAGGAGAAGCUUUCUCAAACAGAUCCAGACAAACGGUUCUGUUACAAGUUGGUCCAAUUCGAGUCAAAGCUUCGAAAGCUGGAGGAACGAGAACUCCAAUACAUCGAAAAGUAUAACAAAGGGAGCAAGAAAGAGAAGAAGAGCAGCAAGAAAUACGUCAGUACCCACUUAAAAAAGGGCAAGUCGAAGCCCAAGUAUGAAAGAGUCUCCAUCACCGCAUACUUCAAGAGGACACCCACUCCAGAACAGAGUGGCCUCAGGUUGCUCGAGGAGAGAGAACAACGUAUGAGAAUGCCUCCCCCUCCUCAGCAAAUGCCCGUCUCCUUUCCACCAGUUAUGCAUCCAGCAGGCGGCCCAGCCAACCUCCCCAUGCACCCAGCCAACCCCGGGCCGCCUGUCAACCCUGGGCCUCCCAUCAACUCCAUGCCUCCCCCCAACACCGGGCCUCCCGCCGGUGUGCAAAAGGGACCUCCUCCUCCAAACAACCAACCGAAGCAGGCCCCUCCUCCGAACAACCCACCCAAGCCUCCAACCCAGGGCAAACCGGACAACGCCGGCAAGCGAGGCAAGGAAGGCAAGGAAGGCAAGGACAACAACCAGCCCAGGCCAAUGACGCCAAAUGUUCAAGUCAUCACGGUUGGCAAGACCAUGAAGGUUCACCGUGGCUCACCUCGAAGUUCUGACGGCUCUUUGGCCUCCGAAGACUCUUAUUCAAGCAGCUCAACUGGAAGCACGCCUCAGUCCUCCCUCGGAUCUGCCCCAAACUCUCAGAAGCGCGGUCGGGGACGGAGCAGAACCCCUGUUCAGCGAAUCAAGCUCCCCGAGCACUUUGGUGUCGUUCUACCACGCCAACACUCCCAGCACGAGAAGAAUUACAUUCUCGACCGCUAUCCUCCAGCGAUUGCUGUCGCCGAGCAAGUUCCAUUCCCCUCGCCCCAAUUCUCAUCUGUGGAUAUGGCGCCACACAGACAAGAUCGGCGCCAUAUUCUGCAUGACGAUGAGCUAUUCAGACAAGAUCGACGUCCUAUUCGUCCUAUUCUUCGUGACGAUGAGCCAUCAUACAAGCGACGAACCACAUUGCUGCCGCCUCGCAUUCACCAACAGCGGCCUAGUGUUCGCCGUGUGUCUCCAUCUGAGGCCCGACAUGAGGUACUCCAAGAUGGACUUGAACGAGUCGAGAGCCGCCUAGAAAGGCUACGCCUCGAUGCUGCGUAUCGCGACGAAGAAUUUCGUCGGGAUGACGAGCGAUUUGAUCGUCUUGCGCAAGAGCCCCAGCGACGAGUGGUGCUGCCGAAUAGGUUCCGUGAUACGUUCGCGGAGGAUCAAAAUCCGAGAGAGCGUGAGUCCCGCUGGCCGGAACGCGAUGCGCAUGAAUACAUGCGACAAAGAGAGCCGGCUUUUGUAAGAGAGGCUCACCCCUUCCAGCCUCUAGGAAGACGGGAGAUUCACAGAGGGUAUUGAAAUUGAAACGAAAAUGGGGAAAUUCAUUAUGAUUGUAUGACACGAUACCUGGUACCUUUCACUGUAUGACAAUUUGAUAUGUAGUUAGUUUGG